AACAAUUAGAAACAUUAGCAGGUGACCGUGAAUGGUUUGGUCCUGGAAGUAGAAUCAUUAUAACCACUAGAGAUGAACAUCUGCUGAUUGCACAUUGUGUGGAUUAAUAUACAGGGCCAAGAGUCUAGUUUCCAAGGAAGCUCUUCAACUUUUUAGUUUGAAAGCCUUUAAGCAAAACCUCCGCUGAAGAGUAUAUAGAGCUAUCUAGGAGCAUUGUAAGCUAUGCUAACGGUCUUCCAUUAGCUCUUGUAGUUUUGGGUUCUUAUCUCUUGGUAGAAGUGUAAAUGAGUGGAGAAGCGCACUCAAAAAACUUAAAAAAUUCCUGACAGGAAAUUUUUGAUGUACUCAAAAUAAGUUUAAUGGCCUGGAGGAAACAGAGAGAACAUUUUCCUAGAUAUUGCAUGUUUCUUUCUUUGAGGAAAGUAACCCGAGUGACUGAAAUACUAGAUGCUUGUGAUUUUUACCCAGAAAUUGGACUUCGAGUUCUGGCUGAUAAAUAUCUCAUAUCAAUUGACAAUGACAAUGAUAAGUUAUAUGUCCACAGUUUGCUAAAAGAAAUGCUCAGGCCAUUGUUUACCAAGAAUCUCCCAAAGAUCCUGGCAGACGCAGUAGGUUAUGCUUUACAAUGAUAUCCGUCGUACUUGAAAGGAAAAAGGGAACUGAAGAAGUUGAGGUCAUAUACCGAGAUUCAUCGGAAUCAAAGGAGAUAUCUGUGGAUGCUGAUGCAUUUGUAGGGAUGAAUAAUCUGAGACUGCUUAAAAUCAGCGAUGUUCUUCUUCCUAAAGGGCUUGAAUUUCUUCCCAAUGAUUUACGGAUACUUAAAUGGCAUGGAUACCCUCUAAAAUCAUUGACAUCAAGUUUCAAAGCAGAGAAACUUGUUGAACUUGAUAUGUCACACAGUAGCAUUGAACUAAUUUGGAAGGAUAUAGUGAAUUUAGAUAAAUUGAAAAUCGUCAAACUCAGUCAUUCAAAAAAGCUGACCAGAACUCCAGAUUUCAGAGGAGUUCCAAAUCUUGAGAGGCUUAUUCUUGAAGAUUGCACAAGUUUAUAUGAGCUUCAUCCUUCUAUCGGUGACCUCAAAAGGCUUCGUGUAUUAAAUCUCAAAGACUGCAGAAACCUGCAGAGUCUUCCAAGAGUAAUCGCUGGAUGGAGAUCUCUUAAAGUUCUUUUGCUCCUUGGUUGCUCAAAAAUUGACAAAUUGCCUGAGAACUUAGGGGAUUUUGAAUGUUUGGAGGAGCUUGAUGCUGGUAAAACUUCCAUAACAGAGGCUCCUUCAUCCCUUGUAAAUUUAAAGAACCUUAGAAGGCUCUCAUUUAAGGGAUGCAAGGGACAAAUGCGCACACAUUGGAACUGGUUCGGGUGCCUAUUGCCAGCAGUAGGCCCAAGUUCCAUGAGUUUUUCAUUACCUUCCCUGGUAGGUUUAUUGUCUUUGACCGAACUUGAUUUAAGUUACUGUAAUCUCUCUGAAGAAACCAUCCCAAGUGAUCUUGGCCACUUAUGUGGAUUGAGAAAAUUAAAUCUAAGCGGGAACGAUUUUGUUAGCUUACGUAUAGGCAUCAAUCAACUUUAUAAGCUGCAAACUCUGAAAUUGACAGAUUGCCAGAACCUUCAAGCUCUGACGGAACUUCCGUCAAGCAUAGAAAAUCUAAGCACAUAUAACUGCCCAUCAUUGGAAAACUUGGGUGGGCCCUUGAGAUUAAGUAUGUCAAAUUUUCGGGAAUUCUCUCUUCAAAAUUGUUUCAGAUUGCUUGAGAACCAAGGUGGCGACAAUGUGGCAGUUUCAUUGCUAAAACAUCAUCUUUUCUUGAUAGCAAAUAUCAGGAUUUUAAGGGUCGCAUCAAUGUUGCUCAACUUCUUUGAGAACCAAGAAAGCAACAAUCCACACACUGCAAUUAUAGUCAGUUCGAUCCGCUCAAUGUUGAGUAUCCUACAUCAGGUAUUUUUCAUCCCUCUUUCUUUCUAUCAAUCCCUUUUUCUCAUUUUUAACACCAUGAUUUUAAUGAUACAGGAACUUUCUGAUAUCCCUUCUGUCAUGCCGAGACUAGUUGUUUUUCUACCUGCAAAUGGAAUUCCAGAUUGGUUCAGAUUUCAGACUACAAGCACUUCAUUAGCCAUUCACUUACCUCCAAAUUGGUACAAUGAUUAUACAUUCUUAGGAUUGGCUAUCUGUGCUACUUUAGAAGUCCAAGAGAAUCAUGGACAGGAACAAAGAAAAGAUGUCCAAUGGCUUCCACCAGUUUUGCAGUAUAUUUCAAGUCCUUCAGGAUGCGAUUACAAGUGUAAGUUUUAUUUGUUUUCUGCCGAGAACAAGUGCUUAAUUUUGGGCAAAGAGUCUCUCUUGAAUGGAGAACGAUUGGCUUUGUCAAAUCAUCUCUGGCUUUUCUUUAUACCAUUCGACGAAUACUUCCAAAAGAGGAAAUGGAGUCACGUUGAGGCUUACUUUAGACUUGAGGGUUCAGGUCUUGAGUUUAAAAAGUGUGGGGUUCGCCUCGUAUACUUAAAAGAUGUAGGGUUCGUUCAAUCAGUGUUCCAAGGCCUCAAUGGCCCUCAGUUGGAAGACUUUACCAUCCUACUUAACCAUUUUGUACAAACAGCAGCUGGUGGAAGUGGAAGUAACUCUUAUGAUGAGGAAGUAGAUGGUACUGAAAUUAAAGAAUAUUCAGUUGAUUCCAUGAUUGAACUCAAGAAGUAAGCCAAGAAUAAAAUGCCAGCGCCAAAUCUUUUUCCAGUUUGAUUGUUUCGACUUUAGACAUGGUUGAUUGAUCACCCAAUGAGGCACCUUUGUAGUCCUGGCACAUUAAGUCUCUAUCAAAGUUUCCCGUGAGCAAGUCGAGGAUCUUUUCUAAAUCUAUUCACUAUCACAACUGCUAAAUACUCAAUAAGACGACUGUAAUAUUUCCAGGAGACUUUCAUUUCUUACAUCAGGUAAUUCAUUUUUGUUCUAAAAAUACUCGCACUUGUUUUAGUCUUCAGGGCUUGAUUGCUCAUUUUCUAGUGGAUUUUAUUUGAGUAACAGUUUAAACAAUAACAUUUUCAGAGUUUCCUUAAUG